ACAGUGAUAAUGUAAACAAACCACCUGGGCCGUGUUGGUUAUGUAGUGAGGCUCAUUGGGCAAGUGAGUGCUCAUAUGCUCUGCACAAGUGUCACGAUUGUAACGUAACCGGUCACCGAGAAGGUUUUUGCAACCAGCAGAAAAGAGGCAACAAAAAGGGGAAGUACAAGAAAAAAAACGCACGUCGGUGGACAUGCGUACGGUGACGGUCAAUGUUUAUAAUGUCCAGCAAGCUAGAAAAUUUGUUAACAUUUUCAUCAACAGUAACAGGGUCCGCCUGCAGCUUGACACUGGUUCGGAUAUAACAGUAAUCAGACGAGAAAUGUGGCAGCAGCUGGGUAAGCCAACACUGAAGCCGGUAACAGUCCACGCAAAAACAGCAUCUGGGUCCCGCCUUGAAUUGGAUGGUGAAUUCGAGGCACAGAUAACGAUCGGUGACAGAACGCGGUCUGCUGUUAUACGCGUUAUGGACUCGGCCUUGCAUCUUUUGGGGGCCGAUAUGAUAGCAACGUUCGAGCUCGGUCCCGUCCCCAUGGACCAGUUUUGCAACAAGGUGGAAGCAGAGGGAGUGAAAUGGGAGAGCCGAUUCCCUGCAUUGUUUAAAGGCAACGGAUUGUGCACCAAGGCGAAUGUACAGAUUCAGCUCAAGCCAAAUCACCGUUCUGUGUUUUGUCCUAAGCGCCCGGUAGCGUACGCGAUGCGAGCAACGGUGGACAAGGAGCUCGAUCGCUUAGAGGAUCUAGGGGUGAUUACUCCGGUGGAUUAUUCGGACUGGGCGGCCCCAAUUGUGGUGGUGAGGAAGCAGAACGGCAGCGUGCGAAUUUGUGGAGAUUAUUCAACUGGGUUGAAUGCAGCUCUUCUAUCGUACGAAUAUCCACUCCCACUCCCAGAGGAUAUUUUUGCAAAACUGGCACAAUGCAAGUAUUUUUCAAAAAUUGAUCUAACGGAUGCAUUCUUGCAGGUACAAAUUAAAGAGGAAUAUCGUCCACUCCUGACGAUUAACACGCAUCGCGGAUUGUACCAUUACAACCGUCUACCGCCUGGCAUUAAAAUUGCUCCAGCCGCGUUCCAGCAACUCAUCGAUGCAAUGCUCUCCGGCCUAAAAUGUACAUCUGGGUAUAUGGAUGAUGUAGUUGUUGGUGACAAAACAGAACGCGAGCACGAUGAGAAUUUGCUCAACCUUUUCCGGCGCAUAAAGGAGUACGGAUUUACAAUCCGAGCGGAAAAGUGUUCGUUUAAAAUGCCAAGGAUAGAGUACCUGGGUUUUGUUAUCGACAGACAGGGUCUCAGACCAAACCCAGCGAAAAUAGAUGCGAUCCUGAAGAUGCCAGCACCGACGAACGUUAGUGAGGUUCGGUCUUUUCUGGGUGCUGUGAAUUAUUACGGCAAAUUUGUACCAAAGAUGCGAGAAUUGCGAUACCCGCUGGAUGCAUUGCUCAAAAACGACACCAAAUUGCAAAAACCGCGCAAAUGCUUUUAACAGGUUCAAAGAUCUGUUAGCAUCCGACUUGCUGCUGACGCACUACGACCCGAAUGCAGAAAUAGUGGUCUCUGCCGAUGCAUCGUCGGUUGGACUAGGCGCGACCAUAAGCCACAGGUACGCGGAUGGCUCGCUGAAGGUUGUUCAGCACGCAUCGAGAGCCCUUACAAAGGCUGAAGCAAAUUAUAGCCAAAUUGACCGCGAAGGUUAGGCGAUUAUAUUUGCUGUGAAAAAGUUUCAUAAGAUGCUGUUUGGGCGCCACUUCCGACUGCAAACCGAUCAUCGACCCUUGUUGCGGAUUUUCGGGUCACAUAAGGGUAUAUCAGUGUACACGGCAAAUAGGUUGCAGCGGUUUGCAUUGCAGUUGCUGAUGUACGAUUUUACCAUCGAGAACGUGCAAACUGAUAAGUUUGGCAAUGCGGACGUGCUCUCAAGGCUGAUACACGAGCACGCAAAACCGGAUCCGGAAUACGUAAUCGCAAGCGCUGAGUUGGAAAAUGAUGUAAGUUCCAUAGCAUCAUACUGUAUUAAUAUAUUUCCACUCAAUUUUAGAGACGUUGCGAAGGCCACAGAGUCCGACCCUGUCCUGAAGAAGGUUUACGGAUACAUCAUGGAAGGGUGGCCCCAAAAUGUCGCGUAUGCUGCAGAGCUGGCUUGCUUUUACCACAGAAGCGAAGCCCGGUGCGUGGUUGCAUUUUGUUUGGGGAAAGAGUGGUGAUCCCUAGCAAGCUGCAGCAGCGUUGCUUGAAGCAACUACAUGAAGGGCACCCCGGUAUCCAGCGAAUGAAGUCGAAGGCCCGGAGUUACCUGUACUGGCCAUCCGUUGACAUAACGGAGCACGUAAAGGGAUGCCAUGCUUGUGCGAUAGCGGCAAAGACUUCACCUCGCGAAAAACCUGUUCCCUGGCCAGCGACACAGAAUCCUUGGGAACGUAUUCACAUCGAUUUCGCUGGGCCAAUCGAUGGUGACUAUUUUCUGAUCGUGGUAGACGCGUUUACCAAGUGGCCAGAGGUGAUACGAACGCGAAGUACCACAUCAGGAGCAACGAUCGCGAUACUGAGGUCAAUCUUUGCGAGAUUUGGAUACCCGGAAACGAUGGUGAGCGACAACGGGCCACAAUUUGUCAGCGCUGAGUUUUCGGAGUAUUGCAGUAGUCGCGGUAUACAGCACGUCACAACUGCGCCAUUCCAUCCGCAAUCGAAUGGGCAGGCGAAGCGCUUUGUUGACACCUUUAAGCGGUCGAUGAGGAAGAUCCAGGAAGGGGGAACAACGCAGGACGCAGCCCUUGACGUUGUAGCGACCUUGCCCGCUACGAUCCGUUUUCGAUAAGGCUACGUGUAGCUGCGGCUAAAGGGGCGGCCGUGAGAAUAAAUAUUGCGGAUAGUUGCGAGAGGCGAUCCGAAAACCGAGAGAGCGAGCGAUCGGACGAAGCGGUACGAUGAUCGAGCGGUUUUGCGGCGCGAUGGCGAAAAAAAUAUGCGGCACUUUGGUAACGGUUAUCAGGUGGUUUGGUGGUGGUUUUGGCUCGUGCAAUAAAGUUUUAGUUGGUUUGGCGUAAUAUCAAAUAAAAAUAAUUUAUUUAUUUUUAAAAAGAAAGUAGUUAGUCGUUUCAACGUUUUUCUGGCGAGCUACCGGUCAACUCCCAACGCUAUUUUGCCGGACAUGCAGUCGCCAGCUGAAGCCAUGCUAGGCAGAAAAAUGCGAACAGCGUUGGAACUGCUGAAACCUCCACCUGCAGCGCAAGCAGAACCGGCCAACUUGGAUAGACGAUUUCAGCGCGGUGACCUCGUCUACGCCAAGUUCUAUGCGCGGAAUUCGUGGAAUUGGGUUCCGGCGCAGCAGCCGAUACGGUCGCCACGCCGGUGUUCUAGGCUUAGAAGACUUCCGCGUAGGCUCGAGGGGUAUCGUCUGUGUUGUGUCCGCACAAAUGAACAUGGUCGAUGUAUGUACGGCACAAACAGAAUAUAUAUUUAACAACUAUCUUUGGUAUAUACAUUAAACACACGCACGUAAUGCGGGGUAAGGACGACUGGUCCUGCUCGCGCCGCGAUCCUCACUGAGGACGUCACAGGAUGACAGCCUUGCUGUCAACAGUGAGCCCUCAGGAUGAGGCAGCGGUCUGUCCACAACAGUCUGUAAUUAAAAGGGGGAGAUGUUGUGAGCUAACCUGGCCCAGACUCAUUCACGGCGGUAACUCACGGAUGACAGAAAAGCGUCAUCCGUCAAUGCAUGCGUGUGAUCGAUCCGGGGGUCAUCGGUUGCGCGGUCACGGACGUUGACCGCCAAACACCAGCGCGCACUGAAGAACUAGCGGUCAGCAAGGAAGCGUGCUAGAAGCCAACACCAAUUGUAACCAAGUGAAGUUGAAUAUAUACGUUAGUAAAUUUAUUAGUAACGCGUGAGUUUUAUUCGACCACCUCUGCGAUCGAAAGAACAUAAAAAGCAGCAUUUUCCAAUUUCCUUUCUUCUCGCGGAAUUAGCCAUGUGUUGAAUGCCACAGGAUCACCACCAGUGCUGCAAAAUGUCACUAUCAAUGUCAUAAAAAAAAUCUGACUGAAACAAAAUCCAUUUCAGCGUCACGUACUCAAUUGUGACAAUCAGAGGUGAUGCUCAGAACGAUUGGUGUGACCAAUACAUGCUCAUGACAUGUUUGCGACCAUCGCUUGGUCAGUCACUAUAUCACGACUUUUUUUUGCUGUGAUCAAUUUUUGCAAAAUGUCACUUACAUAGUCAUGACAAAUUCUGGUUGAAACAAAAUCAUCUCAGCGUCACGAGCUCUACUGCGAAGAUCAGAGGCGAGCUUCAAACAGUUGGUGCGACCAUCGCAUGCUUGGUGACAUUGUGUGCAAUCAACUCGUGUUCAAUCACUUGGUCGCGACAUUUUCAGUCGGUGAUUAUCGCGAUGGUCACGGGAGAUAUGCGGUGCGUGCGAGUGGUUCCAAGAAACAAAAUGAGCAUGUUUUCUCGCUUUGUUUGACCCAACAGACCAUCAAAGCAGAUAGAGGGAGAAAGCAUGCUCAUUUUGUUGCUAGAGCCUACGCGCCAAGUAUAUUCCAAGAAUGUCGCGAUUAUCGCCUACAACAAUGUCGUGACCAAGUGAGUGAUCAAAAGUUGGGUGCUAAACUAAAUGACACCAAGCAUGUGAUUGAUUUUCCAACUGUUUGGGUAUAGUCACUGACCAUCUCAGUUGUGUACGUGAUCUGAUUUGAGUUUCGUUUCAGUCAUGAGUGUUGAUGAUUGAAACAGUUGCAUUUGGCAGCACUGUUCACAGCCAGAAAAAAUCAUGAUAAUGCUUGCGCCGGCAUUAAGCUAAGCUUGUCAGUCACAGUAUCGCGUUGGACUCAAGAAUUCACAUGUCGUGUUCAGCAUGUCAUGGCGCACUUUUAUUGACUAUCAGCAAUGAGCAUCAAGCUACCACGGAUAUGUUCAUUAUUUUCGUUGGUGAAAAUCUCGUGAUACUCAUGACAUUUUGCAGCACUGAUCAUCACAAGCUAAUUUAUUUAUUUAUUUAUUUAUUUACUAGCUGGCCCGACAAACUUAGUUAUUUAAAAAAAAAUUAAAUAUUCCAUUAUUGCUUUGUUACUUGGGAUAGUUGUAUCGUGCCCGUAUCCCCUCAGGAUCCGAUCAUCGAGUGUAAACCACCAGGCACCUCACAUCAAGUGUCAAAGUGCUGUAUACAACACAACAACAAUCCUGCUCUUUGUAUGGGAGUUAGAAAAUCAUUAUUAAAUUAAGUUUAGUGUAACAUCUGAACGAUUUUUAUGUCUUAAAACCUAUUGUCAUACCACCAUAAGUUUCGUUGAAAAUGAUCCAGCCGUUUCGGAGGUUGCUCGCAACAAACACCGUGACACGAGAUUUUUAUAUACAUAGAUUACUAUACAAAUAUCUGCCUCAGAGGGCUAAAUAUAGGGAAACUUACUGACUAAAACUUUAAAUUAAUGAUAACAAACAAAUACUUAAAUCUAACUAGACAAACAUAUACUAGACAGCAAGCAAUUUGUAACACAGCUAACACACGUAAAAUGAAAGAAUUAGGAUGGGGAAACAAAAAGGGAGUCAAAGAACUGAAGGAAGAGGGGGUAUAUUUUCCGCACCGAGUCUGAACUCGUUGGGAAGCGCCAAGACAGGAGGAUUUUACCGUCCGACUUGGCUUGGAACAGACAAACAACUUAGUCUUUGAGUUCUUGUGCUUGAAAGUCGAUUUAUUCAUGCUUAUUCCUAACUUAUGUACUAAUUUUCUGCUGAUCGAUCGCGAUCAGCAGUUUUUAUUUGGUCGAUAUUGUUUACAUUAGAUUUGCUUACAAUUGUUUUCGUUCGGUCGGUCAGUUCCCAGGCCGUGAUGACCUAAUUAUGCGGCGCUGUCAUCAACAUCCUGACCCCCGUAAUUCCUCGUAGAGGGGUUACUAUUUGGUGACGGUUUAAACGGCGGGGGGCGUAAAGUGUACAUUUUAGCUCGUACUUGUUUGAUAAUAAAUGCUAUGGUUAUUCCUAAUAUUAAAGUGGCGACGCAGGCUAUUGUACUUGUAAUUAUUAUGAGGUAGAGCUGA